GCUGUCUGCCUCUCUAUGUGCCCCUCUCUCUCUCUCUCUGCACAUCUAAAACUGUUCUGCAAAUCAAUCGCUUUCCUCUAAAGUACCAUUCAGCUUCAUGUGCGAAGAUUAGAAGAAGAAGAAGAAGAAGUGGUGAUGCUUCUAAGGCAGUGGUUGUGAAGCUUUUCUCUUCAAUUCACGCAAAUGAAGCAACUUCGAUAUGGCAGGGAGGGUGUGAGAAGAUGGAUAGAGACUGGCUUUAAACCAACGAGGGCAGGCAGCCCCUGAAAAAUCUGCCAUUGCUGAAAGCUUCAGAGGGCAAAGGAACGUUUCUUCGAGCAAAGUAAGAAAAUCCCAUAGGAAAAUCCAAAAAAAUCCCAUCUUUUCGUUUGUUUUGGUCCCUUUUGUUGCAAAUCAGAGAUUAAAAAUGUAAAACGAGAAAAACCCAGAUGUAAUUUACUUGUGACAAGGAAAAAAGGCAUUAAUAAAGGAUCGAGAAGAUUUGCAGUCGCAAGAUGGGUUGCUGUUACUCGAGAAUAGAGAGAGAAGAGAUCGUCUCAAGGUGCAAAGCUCGAAAGGGGUACAUGAAGCAGUUGGUGAAAGCCAGACAAGCCUUCUCGGCGGCUCACGUCAUGUACAUUCGCUCUCUUCGCGGCACCGGCUCUGCUCUGCUUCAGUUCGCCAAUGCAGAAUCUGACCUCCACCACCACCACCAGCAGUUGCGACACCACCUUCCGCCACUCCUCCCCUCUCCGCCGCCUCAGUCGCCGGCGCCUCCACCUCCUCCGCCGCCGAUGAGCCCGACCUCUGACUCCUGGACGUCUUACUCCGGCACCCCUGCUCCACCUCCGCCGCCUCCCCCGCAGCCGUCGAGCUGGGAUUUCUGGGACCCAUUUGUGCCGUCGUCGUCACGGUCUGCGACGGAGGAGGAAUGGGAAGCCGCUACCACGGCUUCCGAAACGGCCGCUCCUCCUCCGGCGGCGAUGUCGGCUAGCGUGGCGGCGCCGCCUUCUAUGGUCAGUGGGUUUUCAGACGAAGCUGCCUCCGCUGAACUAGCAAUGGUGAUCUCGAAAAAGAGUAAAGAUCUUAGGGAAAUCAUCAAAGAGGUUGAUGAGUAUUUUCUUAAGGCUGCUGAUGCUGGUUGGCAGGUGUCGCUGCUCUUAGAAGUGCCAAGCUCUGGCUUUUCCAGUCACAGAGGAGGUAAGCUUUAUAACGGUGGGAAGAGUUUGAGUCCACUGAUAUGGACAUGGGGUUCGAAUGUGAGUGUGAAAUUGAACGGAUUUGGGAAGUUGGGUGAGGAAACGGUGGCAAGUGACAUUGCUGGUGGUGAUGUUCUCAGUGGCAGUCACUGCUCUACUUUGGAGAGGCUGUGUGCUUGGGAGAAGAAACUGUACGAGGAGGUCAAGAAUGCUGAGGCAAUGAAGAAGGAGCAUGAGAAGAAGGUGGCACAGCUGAGGAAGCUAGAGGUGAAGAGGGCUGACUAUGUGAAGACUGAGAAAACCAAGAAAGAAGUUGAAAAGUUAGAAUCAAAGAUGAUGGUGGCUUCCCAGGCCAUCGAGACUACAUCUGUUGAAAUAAUCAAACUAAGGGAAUCAGAGCUUCAUCCCCAACUCCUUGAACUUGUUAAAGGGCUAAUGUCCAUGUGGAGAAGCAUGUACGAGUGUCACCAGGUCCAGACCCACAUAGUUCAGCAGCUCAAAUUUCUCAACACCAUCCCAUCUGUCGAACCCACCUCUGAGAUUCACCGCCAAUCAGCUCUCCAACUUGAGCUCGAAGUCCAGCAGUGGCACAUGUCUUUCUGCAACCUAGUUAAGGCCCAACGGGACUACGUCCUUUCUCUCAUGGGAUGGCUUCGCCUCAGUAUCUUCCAAGUCAACAAAAGCCCUUUCUCCCCUACCAGAGAGGAACGUACUAUUUUCUCACUCUCCGAAGAAUGGCACCUUGCAGUGGACCGCGUUCCAGACAAAGUGGCAUCUGAGGGAAUCAAGAGUUUCUUGACAGUAAUUCAUGCCAUAGUCGUUCAACAGGCAGAAGAGUAUAAGCAGAAGAAAAAGUCAGACUCUGCAUUUAAAGAACUUGAGAAGAAGGCAGUUGAACUGAGGUCACUGGAGAGCAAGUAUGGUCCAUUUUCAAUGUCUGAAACAUCAAGCACUAAAAGAGGAAAGGACCCAGUUGCAGGGAAGCGAGCAAAGGUGGAGCUUUUGAGAGCGAAGGCAGAGGAGGAGAAGACAAAGCACGAAAAAUCAAUUGGUGUAACUCGAGCAAUGACACUGAACAAUCUGCAGAUGGGUUUUCCCCAUGUGUUUCAAGCUGUAACGGGUUUUUCUAGUGUGUGUAUGCAAGCAUUUGAGUCUGCACACAACCAAGCCAAAAGUGAUGGUAAGGGGACGGAUGUGAAGAUGCUAAAAGCUUAAGAAUACCACUUUCCUCUGUGUGUAAUAGGUCCUGAGAGUUUUAGAAGAAACAUAUCCAUUACUGGGUUGCUGUAUAGAUUGUGCAUUUUGUUUCUGCCGCAGGAUCAACCCAACCCCAGAAAGUUUUCCUGGUUCAGAAGCUAGCCGGAAUUGCCUCCUACACAGAUCUGUGUGGUGCAAUCUGAUCAUUGCAUUGUCAUAGGAAUGCUUUGUAUUUUCUCCUGUUUUGUUUUCACAAAAUUUUAGGCCUUGGAGAUUGUGAUUUUUUAAUCAAUCAUCUUGUGAUUUGUUAUUUGUUUUUUUUAACGAGGUUGACCAUUAGGUCCAUCAAUGAAGUGUACAAACCUGACGGCUGAAAUUGCCUCUGAAAAAUGACUUUAACAAAAUUUUAAAA